AGGUCAGGGGCGAAGCAGACUUUGACAUCUUUGGCCAAGUUGAGAACUAGCGCUUUCACUGCAGCUGUGUUUCAAGAGUCUUUAUUGGCUUUGACACUGGGAAGAUGGAAACUUAUUUAAAUGUGGUGGUUCUGCUGUCUCUCUGCAGCCUCUCCUUGGGUCAAGACUGUAGUACACAUCUUUUGGAGGAUGUGGAUUUCCCAGGAAGCGACAUCAAAUUUUUCUACUCUCCUGAUACUGACCACUGUCAGCAGCUUUGCACCCAGCACCCCUCCUGUCUCUUCUUUACCUUUCUCCGGGCUGACUGGACCAGAGAUAACAGGCACUUCGUCUGCUACCUCAAGACCACUCACACCGGACAGCCCAAAGUCCGGACUCCACUACAGGGUGUCACCUCAGGAUUUUCUCUCAAAGGCUGCACCACAGAAAUACAGCCUUGUCUGCCAAAGGUGUACAACAACGUGGACUUCCCUGGGGCAGACUACCGGUCUUUGUUCACAGCAGACCAUGAGGAGUGCCAGAGAGCCUGCACUCAGGACCCUGGCUGUCAGUUCUUUACUUUUGUAAAUGAGUUCUUCACAACAGAGAAGAUCAGGUACAAGUGCCACCUUAAAUUCAGCUGGUCAAUACCUGUGACUGCCAUUGUCAAAAAGAAGGCUGGUGUAGUAUCUGGAUUCUCCCACACAAUACAAGUAACUCAACUGUCUGAACCAGCAUGUGAGAGAAAGCUUUUUCCAAACACUGCCGCACUGGGAAAGGACAUCAAGGUUCUUCCUGCUGUCUCUCCUGGACACUGUCAGGCAUUGUGCUCUAAUCAUCCAUCCUGCACCUACUUCUCUUUUGACAGUAAGAACUUCAAUUGUAACCUGAAGGACAACAAAAAUGAAAUGGUGACUGUGGUUAAAGAAGGAACCACAUCUGGGUUACCAGUACGCUUCUGUCAGCUGGAUGACAACUGGGUUAAGGUGGCUCACGAAGGAGUCGAUUUCUACGGGUCUGACAUUCGCUCUGAGCUGGUGAAGGACGCAGACGCAUGUCAGAGGAAAUGUACUGAGGAUCCUACCUGCCAGUUCUACGCUUACUACAGGCGUCGCUGCCAUCACAAGCGGGCCAUCACCAUGUCUGCUCCUCUGAAAGUUACCAAACUGGCCAAUGUUGUAUCGGGCUUCCAACUGAGGACCUGUGUGUAGAGUGCUUCACUGAAACACAUGGUUAAUACUUGAUCUGUUGGUUGUUCCUUACAACAUUUGAUUGCUGUUUAAGCUGGAGUUGAUUCUUUGUGUGUAAAUGAGCAAUAAAACUGCAUGA